GACUUGUAUGACAGAUGAUGUACAUAAUCUAAGACUAGUAAUAAACAAAAACAUUUUUUUAAAAUUAUUUCUAAGUGUUAUUUAAUAAAGAAAAAUGUCUAAUUGAUGAUAUGGUGACAUUUUCUUUUAGGAAAUGUUUAUUUGACAUUCAUGGAAGGAGUCUCCUGUGUCAGUACUUUGCAACAGUUUACCGGACUACGGAGAACAACACAGAACAGUACGCAAGACUACAUAAAGUGCAAAUACACAACAGGGUGAAACGAGUGCAGGACAAUAAAUAUACGGAACAGAACAACAUAUUGUGUACAAAAUAACACAACUAUGUUGUAGUAUAGCAGCAAUACGUACUGUACUGUACAGUACAGAGGCAGUAUUAGCAGUAUAGUCUUCAGGACAGAGGACUUUGUGUUUUCAGGUUUAUUGUAACAUGACUAGCUGUGUUUUUAUUUGUCGUAUAGCUAUACUCCAAGACUGGUGUAAAUAAUGAGUCUUUGCAUCUGCUAUAACUUGUUUCGUGGAUGUUCCACAAAACUAAAUGAUAGAUAGAUUUUCUUUUUCCUUUUUUCUUUUUUUUUUUUUUAAAUCUAUUACUUUUUCAGCCAUUUUUAAUCAGUAAAAAUUGUGAUCACUGGAUGUUGUAUAAGAGGAAUAAAACAGUUAGGGUUGAGCUGUCAUAGGAAAAUAAUCCUAUGGGAUUGUAACACUAGCUCUGCUUCAUGCAUGCUUCAAGUCUUAUUUAGAUCACUGGUUACUUAUUGUAUAUUUAAAAUAAAAAUGAAAAACGUUCUUUAUAUAGUUUGCUAAAUGAUUUAACAUCUACUAGCGGGUUGUUAAUAGUGGAAAAGCUUGAAUUUUUACAACGGGUGUUCACAUGAAAAUCUGGCAACCCGUCUUCCAAACUGUGCUUGACGUUAGCUUAGCAUAGGAUAACAUUUGGGAGCUCAUAAUGGAUGAACUGACGAUAUUCGGUUUAAAGUAUAUGCGUAAACAUUAAGAAAAGUUCAGUUUAUCUAACUUUAAUGCUACCUCAGAAAGACAGAAUACUUUUAUAUCUUUUAGCAGAGUUUUUAAGCAUGGCUAGCUGACACAAAGGGUAGUCCGGUAGCUUAAGUGCUUUAAAUAGGUCUAGAUAUGCUAACUGUAAAUUAAAAAAAAAAAAAAAAAUCAGGUUGCCUAGCAAUUAACUGGAAUGUUCUAUGAUUAAAAUAUUGCCCGCGUGCGCCAAUAAGACUUGUUUGCUAGCUCGCAAAGCCAAAUAGUUAAUGAAUGAAUUGUUUAAUGUGUGCAGUAUGUUUUUUAACACAAUAUUUAUUCGGAUGCGUUACAUUUUAAUGAGGUUAAACUGAUGUUGUCCACAUUUGAAAGACAUGCCAUAAAUAAAUAAAUAAAUAAAUAAAGGGAGGGCGAUGAAAACACUGCAAUCCCCUAACGCUAGUCGGCUAAGCUAAGCUAAACUAAAGCUAAGCAUCCAUAAGGAAGAAGAAGUGGGGCCAGUCGGCGGAGCUUCAGCCGCUUGGUGAAGCUGAUCAGCGAGACGCUAGUGUUAGUCCUGCUCCGAGAAGCUGGAUGAAAAUGGCUAAAAUUCACAUUCAAGGAAACGGAUUGGAGGCUAAAGAUGGGAAAAGUCUGCGGCGCACGACAGAGAGUUUAGACGGACAGGAAGGCGACUCUCCGGGCUCCGAGUUGGAGCCGAACGGCUUCCCCGAGACACGAGCGGAUAAAUACGGCUUCAUCGGCGGAUCUCAGCAGAGCACCGAGGACCUAGCCGAGGACAUCCCUCCUGAGGUGUUGAGACAGAGAGAGGCUAAGUGGCUGGAGAUGCUGAACAGCUGGGAUAAGUGGAUGAGCAAGAAACACAAGAAGGUAAAGGUGCGGUGUCAGAAGGGCAUUCCACCAUCUUUGAGAGGUCGUGCCUGGCUCUAUCUGUCGGGAGGAAAGGUGAAACGGGAGCAGAAUGUAGGCAGGUUCCAGGAAUUGGACAGUGAAUAUGGAGAGCCAAAAUGGGUGGAUGUAAUCGAGAAGGAUCUCCAUCGUCAGUUUCCCUUUCACGAGAUGUUCGCUGCACGAGGAGGCCACGGGCAACAGGAUCUGUUCCGAGUGUUGAAGGCUUACACACUUUACCGGCCGGAGGAAGGUUACUGCCAGGCUCAAGCUCCCAUCGCUGCUGUACUGCUCAUGCAUAUGCCCGCUGAGGAUGCAUUUUGGAGUCUGGUGCAGAUCUGCGAGAAAUAUCUGCCUGGUUACUACAGUGCAGGCCUGGAGGCGAUCCAGCUGGACGGUGAGAUCCUGUUCUCUUUACUGAAGCGCGUCUCUCCCGUGGCUCAUCGGCACCUGAAGAAGCACAAGAUCGAUCCGGUGCUCUACAUGACCGAGUGGUUCAUGUGCGCGUUCUCCCGCACGCUACCGUGGGCGUCAGUGCUGCGCAUCUGGGACAUGUUCUUCUGCGAGGGAGUCAAAGUCAUUUUCCGUGUGGGCCUGGUGCUUCUCAAGUGCAUGCUGGGAUCUCAAGAGAAGCUAAAGGCGUGUCAGGGUCAGUACGAAACGAUGGAGAGACUUCGAGCCGUAGAGCCAUGCUACAUGCAGGAGGGCUUCCUCGUUAAAGAGAUUCUGGAAUUGCCGGUGUCUGAGCGGGACGUCGAGAAGGAGCAUCUCGCCCAACUCCGACGCUGGAAGGAAACACGCGGAGAGCUGCACUGCAAAUCUCCUCCCAGAAUGCACGGCGCUCGUGCCAUCAUGGCCGCUGAGCCUCCCAGCCGACAGGACCUGCAGCAGAAACCCACCAUCGUCGUGCAGCCGGCACAGAUCAUCACCAGCUCCGAAGACGACGAGAGAAAGAAGGAGGAGAAAAAGAAAAGCAAGGUGGAUAAAAAGAAGAGCAAGAAAGACUCUUCGCUCGACACAGCCAAUCGGGACCAGGCACCGCAGGACCAUCAGGCUUUACCCAGCCAAUCACAGGCACUCCUAAAGGACACAAGUCUUCAGGCAUCCAAUCAGAGCCUGAGCAGUUCAGAGCAUGACACGUACCUGUAGAGUGCCACACGGCGGUCGUCCUGACCUGUGUCUGAAGACUUCAGGCCCAAACGGCCCACUCUCAGGUUUCUGUAUCAGGACUGCAGUUCCCAGAAUGCAAUGCUGUGGUUUAGUUUUCCUUUACAUCACAUCCAUGUGCUUCAUGAAGAAAUUUGUAUGUAUUGUAAGUUGUUUUUUAAAAAGGUUUUUUUUUUAAAUUGUUAAGGACCAAGAAUGCAUGAAAGCCACGUUACUUUCCAGACCGUAUUUUCCAGAUUAUAAGGCGCAAAGUGGAAUAGUGUUUUUAUUUAGCAGUUGUGAGAUUUCAGCAGUGGGGAAUGUACACUACCAUUCGAUUACUGCUUAGAUAAUAAUGAAAAUGCAAAACAUUAUGCUAGCUACAGACAGCACUGACCUAGCGACUGUAAUCAGACACACAAAAGCCACUUAAUAACGCUCAAAUACAGCAACACUAAUGAAAAACUAACUCAACUACACCAGCAUUUUAGAGGCAGACAUUCUGGACAAAGGGGCAGUUUGUAAUUUUAGAAAGUGUUUCUAGACCUAAAAUAAUAUCAUUUUAAAGAGGGCUUAGAGCAACUGUAACACACACAUACAAAAUAUUAUUAUUUUUUUAAAUUUUGUAAGCAGACAAAAAGGACUUAUAGUCUGGAAAAUGUGGUGCAUUUAGACACACACCGACUCGGAAACAUCACUAUGUGAUGGCAACCUAAAAGGGCUGAAAUUUUCAUCAUCAGGUGCGUUUUAGCAGCUCAGUUUUGUCGUCUGAUGAGCAAAAUGAUGCUAAUGUACCAGCAUGGCCAAUGGAAAUUGGGAAGUGCUUGAGCCUUGAUAAGAAGCCAACACGAGUGCUUAAAUUCGCUGUAUCUGCGUUAGAGUUGCGUCGGUUUUUAUACUGUAAGAUUUACAACGCCAUUAUCACAGACUGUUUAAAAAUCAUUCCAUCUGGGAGGAGCCUUGGGAAGUUGUUUUUCUUAUUUUGUCCCUCCCAUAACACAGCGGACCAAAUUCUCGGCUUCGACUGAGGGAUCGCUACGAGACAUGCUGUUUUUGGAAAAUAUUCGACCUUGAGGUUAUAACGCAUCAUUGUUUAUUAUUUUCCUAUAACACCAUGUCCUGGAGUGAUCGAUUCCUCUUAGACCACGGAAGUUUGCCACCAUUAACAACAUUUUUAUUAAACAACGAUAUGUCGUACUUUUUAUCCAUUAUGGUUGCUUUUAAUGUUGCAGAGAUGAGAGAUGAGGAAACAUAAACUAAAGCACAUGAUGAUAAUCUGCGUGGGAUUUUUGGUUAAACCCGCAUGUAGUUCAUGGGUUUUGAGCACUAGGGGGUGCAACAUGUCUUACUUUGUCGUGACCUCCGACUUGAAGUAGGGCCUCGGAUACACACAGUAUACGGUUUGACCUUAUCCAAAACUCAUAGAGGCUAAUGUUUUCUGUGACAGGACCCAACAUGGCUGAUCUGUCAUUUACAGUCAGUCUGAUUUACAAUAGAAUUAUGCUAAUUACAGAUUAUGAUUUGGAUUAGUAUCGGGUCUGUCCUAUAAAAAAAGAGAACAAAGAGAUUUAGUCACGCAAAGACUGCUUGUGAAUGAGACAAGUGAGGGGCUGUAGCCAUUGAGGACGUUUAUAGACGUGCCAAACUUAUAAGUAGGCCAGUCAGAUGUAACUUUUGAUUUUUAGAUAACGGAGAUAUUUCACUUGGGGGAUAUUUACACCUAAAAGCAUUUAUUUUCUUUCAAAUGCAUUUCUUAUCCUCACAAAACACACGCGCUUCCAUUUUAACCAACACCCCGUCAGUCCACAUCAUGAGUCUGCUCCACAAGUGUAAAAUCGUGAUUCGUUUAAAUCACACACACUCGCACAGGUCUACUCGACAAUAAUGCGGUGACUGUACUGCCCUGAAUUUGCAGUACGAGGUGUUUGAUACGAUAAUGACACUCGGUAGAUACGGAUAUAAACACAAAUCUCCUGUUUAUUCAUACCCCAGGGUCUCGGUUCACGCCGUCAUGACGCUUUUCUGACGCAUCCGACCCGAGUUCUGAAUAGGCGUGUGCCGAUAUUCAUUUUCAUAUCCCGAUAAAUUUGUUCAUCUAAACAAAACACAAAGGGUAACAAUGAUUUUCCAGAAAGAAAAAAACUAAACAGUAUUACGCAUGCUAAUUAUCUAAGGAAUAAAACACUUCAGGAUGUGCUGUUUUAGGGAAAUUAAUCAACCUGAAGUUGAUCACACCACCCUGAGUGUUUUUCCUGUAACCACAUGAAGUGUUUUUAUUCCUCUUAUACCACACACGGAUUUGCCAGCAACUACAUCUUAAUUUAUUAAAGAACACCACACAGUAAUAAUAAAAAAAAAAAAAUAAUAAUGCAAUUUACAGUUGUGUUUAAUGGCAUUUAAAU